AUCUCCUUCAUCUUUUCUGCUCAGUGCUUUUGGUUCUUCGUUUAAUAUUUGCCUCUUGGUCGAAUUUAUGUCUUCUUUGUGCAUCUUCGAUCAUUGCUUUUGGCAGGUGACACUACUAUUUUGGAUUAGGACAUUGCCUAGUCUUUAAAUGAUCGUGAAGUAUGAUCAGCAUAUAGUCUCCUAAUUGAUUCAUAGAUUGCACCAAUGGAGAAAAGCAGAAGCAAAAGUUGGGUUGGGAACAUUUACCACAAGUUUGAGGCUGUGUGUCAGGAGGUCGAUGAAUUUGUAACUAAGGACACAGUUAAGUAUGUUGAGAAUCAGGUGCAAACUGUUGGUGCAAACAUGAAAAAGUUUUACUCUGGUGUGGUGCCAGAUUUUCUUAUCCCAGUGGAUAGUAAUGUAAAAAAAGAAGCACAAGCUGUCAAUGAGAAGCCAAAGCACGCCGUUGGCACUCAUACUAGUUCAGUGGCCAACACUACGCAGAACCCUAUCCAAGAGAAAUCAUGUCAGAAUCAGAAUUCCCUUGAAAGUCAUGCUGCUUCAACUUCAACUGAACUUGAUGGUGUGGUAGCUUCUGAAGAAGCAGAAAUUGAUGUUUCUGUAGGAAAUGAAUGUGCCACUGCGAUUUGUAAGAACUCAUGUAAGUUUUUUAAAGAGAAUAUAACAAGGGAGGAAGCACUGGUAGUUGACGAACCAAGUACUUCAGAAGACAGAGUUUCAUCUGAAUCCUGUUCUGACAAAGAUUCAAAAGAUACCAUGUGCUAUAGCUUUUCAGAUGAUGAUAAGUGUUUUUCUGAUGUAUCGAGCUCUCAGAGUAUACUACAAGAUGAUAUGGUCGGGGAGGAACAACCACUGGCUAAGGGAUCAAGUUCAUUUUUGGAUAUUUUGUCUUUAUCACAACUCACGGCAUCUAUGAAUGAAAAAAUGUUUGAUAGUUCUCCUGAUGCUAUCAACUGUAUUUCUAAUGUACCAAGUAGUCAAAUGGUUUUGCUACGGAACAUCACUAGGGAGGUGGAACCAGUCGCUGAUCAAUCAAAUUCUUUUGGAGAGAUGGCUCUAUCAAAGUCAUUACCAUUUUCAAUGGGGGAAAGUCGAGGAAAUUCCACCAUGACUAAGUUACGGCAUCCAACUUCAAAUUAUGAUACAGAACUUAGGACCUUGCCAGAGGAUGAAAGCAUUUCCAAUGCUUCAAUAACUCCGACGAACUUGCAAGACAAUAUAACCAGUGAGGAUCAACUUGCAUCCAAGGAAUCAAGUUCUGUCGAAGAUAAAACUUUGCCACAAACCCCAGCAUUUGCAUCUGUUAUACCUCCUUCACAAAAUGAUGCAGGAUUUGGGGUGUCCACUACCGUGAAUAAGAGUUUUUUGGGUGAUGUUACUUUUGGGUUUGAAGAGUCUAGUACGACCUUGGCAUUAAAAGAUGCUCCAAGCACACUUCAGUCAUCUGAACUUGUACUUUCUCGAGUUAUGGAGAACAAAAGCAUGGAUAUUGACUCUGGAAUAUCAAACUGUUCUCUGUUAAAAGAAUCUUCAAGCCUGUCAACUUCCUCAAUUGGAAACUGUAUGCAGGAAGCAGAGUCUGAUUUAAGUAUCUCCACUGGCCACUCAUCUGCCUUGUCUACUUCCUUAGCGAGCGCAAACAAUGUUGUUUCUGUCAUUCCAGCUCUCUCAAGUACUCCGUUGACAGAUUUCAGUGAAGUAAAUGCCUCGAGUUCUCACGAGUUGGUUGGAAAUGGUAGGUCAGUUCAAAAUGACUUCGAGUGUUGUCCAAGCCCUCAACUGAUAUGUCCUGCAGAAAUAGGAUGUAUGAAUGAUAGCUCCAUUGAUCUUCCGGGCAUGGAAACAAUUGAUCUAACUGAUAAGGAAAUACCCAAGGAAAGUUGUGCCCUCGUUGACUAUAAAUUACACCAUCUCGUUUCUUCUAGGCCAAGAAAAUAUAAGUCGUACAAGGAAUUGAUACAGGAGGCAUUUGCUCCUAGAAAGAGAAGAAUAAAGGAAUACGAGCAAUUGGCUGUUUUGUAUGCAGACGUGGAUGCUGAAACGAGCCAGCACGUUGAGCUCUCUCAAUUACCUUCUCUUCCUUCACCAUGUUUACACUCGAUGGAAUCGUCCACAUGCAACAUCUGUGAACCUGAGUGGGAGCUCCUGUAAAUGAGCCUUUUUUCCUGUGAAAACAACCCCAUGAUAAUAAUUUCUGCUGAGAAUUCUCUCUUUGUAAAGGUUCCGCGAUAACGGUUAGCAUAAUUGAGCUAAUCAUUAGUCUUAUUGUGAGAUAAAUGGUAGAAACUACAUCUUAUUUUUCCCUUUACAGGCUUGUCAAGGCUUAUGAAAACAAUUUUGGAUAAAUAUCAUUCUGCUCAAUUGCUAUGAGCAUUUUGAUAUCUUUUGUUCACUUGUGACAUUGUCUCAGCAUAAAGGUUUUGGAGACAUGAUCAAAGAGGCCAGCUGGUUUUGAGGAUUAUUUCUUGAUUCUAAGCAAUGUGCCCAGAUUUCAUGCA